UCCAAAAUGUGGUUGAACCUUAUUCAAUCUGUUGAAGUCCUUAAGAAAAUAAGAACUGACCUCCCCUGAGUAAGAAGAAAUUCUGCAGACUGCCUUUGAACUUGAACUGCAACUCUUCCCUGGGUCUCCAGCCUGUCAGCAGAUUUUGAACUUGCAUAUACAAAAUCGUGACAAAAUGUGGUUUAUUGUUCACUGCAAGCUUGUUUAAAGGACAGAGAUGCUUCUAGGCUGAUUCAUAUUCACCCUUCAUCAGGAUAAGCACAGAGCGAGAAGCUAGCCACGCUGUGCUCCUCAUUGCCUAGCUCAGAAUUCAGGGCUGGGAAAAUUUAGCCGAGUCAUCACAUUUGGCCACUGCCCGGAAAAGCAGCCCUCCCGAGUCAGGAACGGGCUCCGGUUCAUCACGUGGUAGCCGCCUGCAGGAGCCGCAGUUCCAUGGACCAAAGACAGAGGAGAAUCCUGGGCCAGCCCCUUUCCAUCCCUACUUCCCAGCCCAAGCAGAAAAGGACAUCACUGAUAUCUUUCUUUUCCAAGGUCUCUUGGAAACUGAGGUUCCAGAAGCGGGAGCCCCUGAAGAAUGUGCUUUUCAUCUUGGCAGAAAGAGCUCGGGACCCCAAUGCUAAAAAGCGUCACAUGGCAAUGAGAGGCCUGGGAACCAUGGCCCGUGAAGCGCCUGACAAGGUGAGAAAGCAUAAGAAAAUUGUCCUCGACCUGCUGGUGUACGGAUUGUAUGACCCUGUGAGUUUGGAAGUCAUCCAUGAGAGUAUGAAGACUCUGACCGUCGUUCUGGGCAAGAUCCAGGGGAAAGGUUUGGGUUCCUUCUUCAUAGACAUCACACUUCAGACCAGGACUUUAUUAGAUGAUGAGAAUGACAGUCUGAGAUAUUCGGCCUUUGUUUUGUUUGGGCAAUUGGCUGCCUUUGCCGGGAGGAAAUGGAAAAAAUUUUUCACCGGUCAGGUUAAGCAGACACGAGAUUCCCUCCUGAUCCAUUUACAGGACAGAAACCCCCAGGUUGCCAAGGCUUGCAAAACAACAUUUCGAGCCUGUUCUCCAUAUCUGAAACUAAGGAAGGAAUACAGCUUCCAGAGCGAAGAAGAUCAAAGGAACACUAAGCUCUACCGGCAGCUGAGCCAUUAUCAUCCAGAGAUCCUGCAGUUCUUCUAUGCAAAUAAAAUUCUGUAAGCGCAGAGCAGCAGGGAAAUGGUUCUAUGUGAGUGCAUUGCUGAGCCAUCGUGUUCCCCUGUUUUAUCUCACUGGAUGCCUCUUCUCCUUGCCUCUUGGGAUUGUAAUGGAAAAGACGGUGCUGGGAGAGCAAUCAAAGGCAAAAAUAAUACAUGGAAUUGUAUGAUUAUAUCUAAAGUUAAAUUCUAGACUGCUUUCACUUA